CACAAGUCUCACAAGCUGCUUUCUCCAAUAGCCCGCAGGCCGCAUAUCAUUCUACAUCCUUGUCGUGCCAUUCUCCGUGGAGCUCGCUACUGAGCCACAGUGCAUAAUGUCAUCUUCGGGGGAGCCAUCAGAGACGAGACAACGACUGGAUCGCAAUAGGCGCCGCUCAACUUCAUCCGACCGCUCCGCCCCCGCUCAGAAUGGCAAAAAAGCUAAAACUACGGAAGAGAGUAACCAAAGCAACGAGAAGAAUAAUGAGGAUGGUUCCCGUCCGAAUGAGGAUCCGGUUGCCUCGAGUAGAUCGUGCAAGGAAUGUCGCAGGUUGAAGCGAAAGUGUAACCGCCAACUUCCUUGCAGCGUAUGCACACGAUUCGGAAAAAAGUGCGCAUAUGCUACCGAACCUCUCCGUAAAAAUCAGGAAUAUAUCAUGGGGCUGGAACGAAAAGUCGAUUAUCUUCAACACUUGCUGGAGACAAGCCAUUCCAGUCACGGGGGUGGAGUUCCGCCAGCCAGAUCGGAUCAAGGGCUUAAUGUUGGCUCCCCAGCCUCACAAUCCCAAUCGCUUCAUUCGGAGGAACAUGUUGUUCCGAUGCGGCAACCUCCCUUGCUUCCAAUUCAAUAUCAGCCAUCCCCUGCCCCUACAAGAAUCCCAAUGCGGCCUCCUUUGCUUGCCGGUCAAACACACUUAUCUACAGCUAGGACACCAGAGACGCGCAGCUUUACUCCCUCACACAUACCUUCUUAUGAACUUUCCACCGCUCCUGGCAGCGCCAGCUCAAGCAGUGCUAUUAUGAGACCAGAGUCAAUGCCCACUACAGACAAUGCAGCGCGCCCACUUAUCAACGGAGCCGAGAAUCCAAACAUCUCUUCUUCCAGCACAAUGGGCCCAUCACAUUCGAUGGCGACAAUCCCCGUGGACUUCAAAUACGACCUUCCGCCGGCUAGUGAGGUCUUAGAAAGGCAACCCAGCAGCGUGUCUGGCUAUGAAUGGAAUGAGAGAUGGGCGACUAAAGGCCUCGGAGGGAAUGAUGGUUAUGCCUCUUUGUCGAUAGAACCUGAUGGGCAAGGGUAUCUAGGAUUCGCUUCAGGGUCAACACUGUUACGCAUCCUGCAAUUGUGUGCGGGGUCGGUUUCUCUUGCAUCACUGGAAUCAGAUCUUUCAGCGGCUCCGCCGCCACCUCGACCCCAAGGGUGGACUCCUACAAUGUCGGAAACCGUGUCUUGCGUAGAUGCGUAUUUUGAGCACUAUCACCCUCAGUAUCCGCUGUUACAUGAGCCUACGUUUAGAGCGCAAUGGAAUGACCUGGUGCCCCAGCCAUUAGCGAGCGAGUGGGAUUUUCUUUUAAACAUCGUUCUCGCGAUCGGUGCCUUUUGUGUCUCUCGUCCAACAUACGUCAUCGACUAUUUCCUCGAAGCCGCCAUAUCACAACUCUCUGUCGAAUAUCUGGAAAAAGGCAGCUUGACAUUGGUUCAAGCCUUCUGUUUAUUAAGUAACAUUUCACAAAAACGUAACAAACCGAAUUCAGGUUCGGUAUAUAUGGGUAUCGCAUUACGCUUGGCGAUCGGACUAGGUCUUCAUCGCGAGCUUCCCUUUUGGAAUAUUAGUCCAUUUGAUAGAGAAGUCAGGCGGCGAACUUGGUGGGUUGUAGUAUCAUUUGACUCUGGUUCAACGAUUACAUUUGGCCGUCCAAUUCUAGAACCUCAUUAUCCAGCGGAAUCCGAUGUGUACAUGGUGCAUAAUGUUCAUGACAGAGCAUUUACCCCAGCGGCUCGAUUACCACCUGUUGAGGUUAAUGAGCCAACCAUCUAUACCGCCCUUAUUAAUCAAGCAUCCUUCCAUGCUUCAACCAAUCGUAUCUAUACCCGCGUCAUGUCAUCACCGGCACCGUCUGCUACAGAGACUUUGGCGCUUGAUUCAGAUCUGCUUAGCUGGUACGCUACUGUACCCGAACAUUUACAUCCUCAGAACGAACCCGUAUCACCUCAUUGGCUUGAGUUUGCACAAUACAAGAUGUUUUGGAGGUACUGCAACCUGCGAAUCAUUCUUCAUCGCCGUGCUUUUCUUGAGAGAGCUUUGAAAGCCCUCCCAUUAUGGGUAACCGAUGAAGACAUCGAAGACGAUGAUAACACGGUGGCGGAAAUAAAAUGUACCCGCCUAUGUCAGUAUAAUGCUUCCGAUACGAUUCACAGCAUGAGUCGGUUCUUUUCGAUGCAUCAACGGAUGAGCCGCCUGGAGAGUUGGUAUGGUCUCCAUUUCCUUUUCCAUGCAAGUUUCAUCCCUCUUAUCGCAUUGCAUGUUGAUCCAAAUUCCCUUCGACGCCCAGUCUGGGAGGAAGAAGUGUCUCUGGCACGCGAAAUCCUUGUCUCUUUGAAGGACGACCCAUUGGUCGGGAGAUGCCUUUCAAUUAUUGAUGCUCUUGUUCCCCAUACUUCUUCGACAUCGAUCGGGCCAGGACAAAUGGGAUUCCAAGAUACAAGCACCAUGCUUUAUGAGAUGCUUCAAAGCAAUCCCAGCUGGCAAAAUUCGCUCGAUGUGCCUGAUGAUGACCUGGCUCCAAAUUUAUUACCGGUGGCAGAUUUGGCGACUCUGAGCUCUCUGUGGCCCUAUCGAAGUUCUUAAAAGUAAAAGGAAGUUCUAGUCAUGAUUCACUUUGUGUGAUAGCUGUAAAAGAGGUAUAUGGGGAACGUAGCAUAAUGCAAUGUAGAUAGAUA